AUGGCACUCAACCCAACGGCAGCCUUUUAUGAUAAUCUCGGCAUGAAAUACGAGGAAUCAUUUGGCCAUGAUGAGGGGCUAGUCGAUUUCAUCAAAUCCAGUCUAAAGUUUCUCCCUUCCAAUGCAUCGGUUCUUGAUAUUGGAAGUGGUACGGGCAAGCCCCUCUCAAGCAUGGUAAUCGCAACUGGUCGCAAGCUCCAUGGAAUCGACUUCUCUCCUGUCAUGAUUGCAUUGAGCCGCCAGCAGGUUCCCACGGCAACCUUUGAGGAAGUUAAUAUGCUCCAAUUCAUACCCAAAGAGCCGUAUCAUGCAGCAUUUGCCAUCUUCUCCCUUUUUCAUUUCUCGCGCGAGGAAAUGAAUCUUGUCGCUGAGAAAUUCGCACAAUGGAUUCUACCUGGCGGCUACCUUUUCAUUGGCACAAUGACCGCCGAGGACUUCCACACCAAGCCACAUAUGUUUGACGACGACAAACAGUGUGCGAGAGGUAUUGAGCAUACCUUUAUGGGAAAACGUAUUGGGAAUUUGCUGUACACGAGGGCUGGUUGGGUUGCGCUCUUGCAGAAGGUCAAUACUGAGCUCGUUCAGUUCCAAGCACCACCCCACGCCCAAUGCGAUUCCGAGCCGCAUUAUUAUAUCACUGCAAGGAAAAUGUCUCCUUGA